GAGGGGGCGCGCACUGUGGAAGAAUCGAAACCGCGAGAAAUUCAAUCACUGAAUGAGUGAGAAGUGAUCGAUCCGGUGGAGGAUCUGGGCGAUCGGGGUCGAGAAGUCCGUUUCUCUUGUCAUGGAGGCCAUAAUCAAUGAAGUCAGAUCGUCGUUGGUGUUAUUGAAACCGAUGAGUGAAAAACUGCCUUCUGAACUCCCCGCAGUCGAAGUAGACGUGAACGGGACCACCGCAUGUUUCGAAAAGACGAAGAAAUCCAGACUCAUGGUCAAGAGCAAUGAACGGUUCAACGAUUUUCGGAGCGAAAUGGCCGUGGAGCAAGACCAUGCAAUGAAGUUGUGCGACGAAAUCCGGAGAUUGAACUCAACACUAUCGAAAACUCGAGAAAACGACAUUCUUCGUGUGGGUCAAAUCAGCGAAGAGAAUUUCAGAAUCGAUAUGAAUAUCGAUGGUCGAAACGUCAACUUCGAAAUCCGAUGUGACAUGGAGUCGAAUCGAUACUUCGGAGUGAAAUCCGAGCCACCCAUCGAUGCUGUCAGGCUGAUCGACAACUUGUUUGAUCUAGAGCAAAUAACCGAGAUGAUGUCGGCAGCUUUCCGGAAACACUUCAAAGAACCAGGAACAUGACGAUUCCGCCUUGUUCGCGGAGGGAAC